UAGGUUGGCUGGUGGAUUGGUCACGCGCCACAAGAAAUAGUGUGCUAACUCGAAGGUACUUUUGCUGUGCAGGUGUUGGCAUCUGAACCGUCGUGGGUCGUGGGACACCAACGGAUUUGUGAACGUGCGCGAUCAUGAAGUGGUGCGCGCUUGCAGUGGUUUUGUGCUGGUUUGCGGUGUUGCAGGUUUACGGUGCUCCACAGCGGAGUAUCGACUUUCUGCUGGGUGAUGAAGAGCUACAGGCUGUUGUGAAACCGCUCACUGUAGAUGUUACCUCUGUGCAGCCUCUGCAGGAUGAGCAGGACGAGCUGCAGCAACGCGAACAACCUGAGCUGCCGGCUACAGUGGAUCCGGUUGAAAACGAGCUUCAAACAGACGAGCCCACUGCGGACACGACUGAGGAUUACGCUGAGGAGGAACAGUUCACGGCAGAUCCGCAAGAUGAAUCCGCACUUGAUCCGGUAACGGAUAGUCCAAAGCAGGACCCCGAGCCAAGCUCGACAGAGGGCAAAGCAAGUGAGUCAACGACAAUGGCCCCAAAAUUAGACACCUCUACGUCUGCGCCAUCAGUGACGAGUGAAGGUUCUCCGAAAGUGACCACUCUUGACCCGAACGAUUCGGAAGAGGAUCAUUCUUCGGAGGAGCAACUUACGACGAAUCCCAUCGUGGUUCCCGAGUCGGAAGAACCGGUCACGACGGAAUCCAGCGAGGACUCGAGCCAACUCGCGCAGGAUGUCAAUGACUUCAUCUUUGACCUCACGAAUGAGGUGCGUACGAGUCAAACAAGCGACAAACCACGUAAGCCUUUGGUUCCUAAACCUGUAAGGCCUCAACCGACCACGGAACAACCCGCAACAGAGCCCGAAGGAGAUCGGUAUGAUUCGAAAUCGGCCGAGAGUGACGAGGAUGAUGGUCAAGUGCAGCUGAAAGUGGAUCCUGGCAGAACACAACAACCGACCAAUGGACCUCCGCUGACAGAGGAACAGUUUAGGUCGCUGUUGGAGAAGCUACCCUGGUUCGGGCAGCAGCGUUUCCCAGCAGGCUACGACCAGCAAUGGCAACAUCAGGGUUUUCCGCAACGCUCCAGCUGGCAGCGUGACGAUCGGCAGCGACACUAUCAAAGCCACGACGGAUCGGACGGCUUUCAGGGUCACGGAUUUCACCGAGGCCCGUGGCAUUGACGCGCACUGUCGCUGCGCCCAAAAACGACGUCAUUUUCGAACGGGGCGUCAUCGAGUGGAAAAUUCCCCCUACGAGAAGUAGCCAAAUAGCGAUCCCGUUCAUGACAUCGAUGCAGCACACGUGAGAGUAGAUGACGCACUCGCCGGGAGUUGUACAGCCGAUAUACUGUGAUUAGACGCCUAGAGCUGUGCCAGCGAAGGCCACCGAUAUUAAUA